GUAUUUCCUGAAUUCACAAUAUUUUUCCCCGAACCACGUACAGAGUUAGGCUUGGCCGUCUUUGCAGAAAGAGAUUUUGAACAUUUUGAGAGUUCAGAGUUAGUUGUAUCGCCAAGUUAAGUACAUCAACAUGGCCAGCGUUGUAGUUGAAGAAAUCGCUGCGAACUUGCUCAAAGGAGUCAUAAGUGGUAUUGGAAGUAAAGUGGGAGCAGAAAUGUUCGACAGUAUCUUCGCUCAGGAUGUCCCCAGCUACUUCACCGAAGUUUACAAAGAGAUCGAAAAAAUAAUGCAUCAAGAAAUAACAGAGAACACAAUCAACGAAAUUGACGGGGAGAUAAACGGAACUUCGACGUGGGUCAAAUUUGAUUACAAUCCCCGAAAAGCUUCUGGUGCAUCUAAAGAUGAUUUGCAUAGUCUUUUAGAACCAAAAGUCAGUGAUUUAGCAAUCAACAUGGUAGCCGUGCUUCAGCAGAAAUCGUUUGCCGAAUCCGCGUUGGCAGUAUUCAUAGUCGGCGCUGGAGUUCACUUGUCGCUUUUGCAAGAGUUGGCGUAUGUUGAUCCCAUUGUUGAUGAUCCCCAUCAAUCAUCCUACAUUAAAACCAUCCAGGGGUAUGGCCCUGAUUACGCUGAUCACGCAGAUAAAACCUGGAAAAGUGUGAAGACGUCGAGGGAGGCAUUGUUCACUGAGGUGAAAAUAAAAAGCCAACUCAUACCACCACCACCCGGCCGACCUCCAACUGACUACCAUUAUACUUCCGAAUGGACCGACGAGUUUACAGGAGAGAAGUUUACAGAUGCUACUGAUUUCAUCGGCGGAGUUUGGACGAAUGGUAGCUACGGUGAUCUUGAAAAUCGUGCAAAUGCCAAACGUACGGAAUACAUCAAUACGACAAUAGCAGAGCUUCAAAAAGAGAUGCACGACCCUCCACACGCAGCGGAAACAUGGAGAAAACUAGUCGAUCAACCCCUGCCAGUUGUGUCAUGAUCCCUCGUAAUUUGCUUUGAAUUUCUUGAAUUAUUUUGAAAAUUGAAAAUAAUAAAUAAUGUUUUGAAGUUCGCCAAAUAAAGGACUAAUUUACGUAAUUUGAACGUGUUUAUGGACAUUAAAUAUUGGCACAAGGAGAGGUCGUUUACAUGUGAUUCUACUUUCCCUUCACUCAUCUACCUUGGUAUUCCUUAGAGAUGUUUUAGCUUAUAUUUAACCGAUGUUCAAAAAAUUACACGAAAAUUUACUAUGAAGUAUAUGACAAGAUUACUUGUAGACUCGUUUAACCGUGCUGCAUCAUCACGGAGAUACAGACACAAUAUCAUUA